CCCGGUUCCCAUCUCAUCUCCUCUCCUCUCUCCCCCCGCCGUGGGGCGGAGGGGCGUGGCCUCCGGGUCUCACAGACUGCUGCAGCAGGAGGAUUGCAAAACCUUCGGCUGGAAGCGAAAAUCAACGUAGAAAAACACCAGCAGCUUUUCCAUCUAAACAGGAGACAAGUGGUCGAAUUCCAAUUCCGUGAUCAUGGCAGAUGAGGCAGUCGCUGUGGAGCAAGGGGCCAGCCCAGUUCAGAGCCCGCUGGUUGCAGUCACAUUUCAGAGGAAUGCCAACAGGAAGGAGAAAUAUUUGGAAGCUGAGCCUAAAGUUCUCGGGAUAACUCAAAUCUGCUUCAGUGUGUAUAUGAUCAUCAGUCUCAGUUUGUUUAGGGCUAAAGGUCUGAGUUCUUUUCAACCAGAUAUUCCUUUACUCGUCUUUUCCCUGCUGGUAAUUAUAGCUGGGAGUGUAGCUGUUGCAGCAAAGAACCUACAUCUGCCAACACUCACGGCCUGUUUGGUGAUGCAAAUCUUGGCAUGUUUUGCCUCUUUCUUGAACAUGAGCUUCACCAUAGUAAUGCUGGGAGACCAGUCCACCAACUGCUGGUUUGAUCCUUUUGAGAGAAACUUCAUCAACAGUACAUAUAAUUACCACGCAAUCUGUCAGCAAAUUGAGAGCAUCCAUUCCCAUUUCUUUGCUGAAGGGAUUCUAAUCCAGGCCUGUCUGCUGGCCAUCUCUGCCACUCUGGCUGCCUACUGCUGCAAGGUAGUCAACUGUUGUGGAGCAGCCAGCAAAAUGCCAGUGAUCACGAUCCAAUCGCCAGUCGACCAGCAGAGAGAAGGAUGACCAGACUAUGUGCAGCUGCAGAUUUAAAACUUAACUAACCCUUAUUUUAUGCCAACUAUAGUUCUGAUUUUCCUUAAAGUCAAACCACUAAUGAACUCCUAAAACAUAUUCUAAAUAUCAAACUUAUAGUUUUUACCCCACAUAUAACUUUACCUUUUUUGCUCUUCUCAGAAUUGUAUCCAUUUUCAGACUUUUAAAAAAGCCUACACACAGUGCAUAAUAUUUGAACAAUGAAGAUGUUUUUGAAAAGUGUUAGAAUUGGAUAUAUCUUUUAUUUCGUAUAUACUCAUCAUUAUCUUUAAGAACUAUCAGAUUUUUUGUUUGCUUCUAGAAUGUGUGCCUUUUCAGCUAUGUCUGCAGGAAGCAGAUCCCAGCCAGCCUGGGAUCUGCUUAGGUAAAUGAACUUGACCAAAAGGCCUGAUGGAAAGCAGCUUGUGCUAAGAGCAGGAAAUGUUUCUUUGUAAGAUGAUUGUAAACAGGUCUGAAUUCAGUACUGAGCGCACUGACAGGAUCAGCUGUAGAACAUGGGAAGCCGUUGGUGUCCAAGACUGUUAAACACAAUCAGCUGAAAGAAUAAUGAAGUCUCUCUGCAUACACAGUUCCCAAUGACUCUUGCAACUUUAUUUUCAUUCACCUUGCCUCGGUUACCAUUCUGAUCUGAGAUUUGAAUCAAUAUAAAUAAAUGUCAUGUUUAUUUUGG